AUGGUCAGCUCCUGUUGUGGCUCCGUCUGCUCUGACCAGAGCUGUGGCCGAAGUCUCUGCCAGGAGACCUGCUGCCAGCCCAGCUGCUGCCAGACCACCUGCAGCAGGACCACCUACUGCCGCCCCAGCUGCGGCGUGUCCAGCUGCUGCCGCCCCAGCUGCGGCGUGUCCAGCUGCUGCCGCCCCGUCUGCUGCCAGACCACCUGCCGCCCCAGCUGCGGCGUCUGCUGCCGCCCCGUCUGCUGCCAGACCACCUGCCGCCCCAGCUGCGGCGUGUCCAGCUGCUGCCGCCCCGUCUGCUGCCAGACCACCUGCCGCCCCAGCUGCGGCGUGUCCAGCUGCUGCCGCCCCAGCUGCGGCGUGUCCAGCUGCUGCCGCCCCGUCUGCUGCCAGACCACCUGCCGCCCCAGCUGCGGCGUGUCCAGCUGCUGCCGCCCCGUCUGCUGCCAGACCACCUGCUGCCGCACAACUUGCUGUCGCCCCAGCUGUGGUGGAUCCUUUUGCUGA